UUCGCACUUUGUGGUAGUGGCCCACCGUACCCCAGGCUUAUUAACAUCUUUCUUUUAGCCACAUCCAGAUUCUUCCAGCAGCGUCUGACUGCAUAUCCUGACAGCCUCUUGAAUUUUAGUUAUGCCAAGUUAGCAAUGGGCGAAUCAACUCAGAGUAUAUGUUUUUAGAGUUGUCAUUGAAGGUUGUAACAAAAGGACUGAGGUCAAUCGAGUGCUGAUUAGACGCAUGGCGUAGAGAUCCAUGGCCCUUACGUGAAAAGAUGGUCAAUCUGAACCUGCCCUAUAAGGCGUCAAAAAGCGAGAUUCAUAGAGCAAGUCUACAGUGACCAUAUCCCGAUGCAACACCCGCUAUACCCUACGAGUCCAGAAGGGCGUAAAAUUGACAACCAGCAGUGGAGACGGAUAGUCUGUCUCGAAUAACUCAGCAUCUCCGAGUUGGCAUGAGUAGGUGACAGAGUCCAGAUGAAUCCAGACACACUAGAAGCAAUUUAAAUUGCAAUUACUUCCCUCCCCCCCUUUUUAAUAUUUUUUCCUUGUUUUAGGUACAGUAAACAGAAGUUCCCAAUUCAUCAACCAGUCCUUUUGUACUUCAAUCCCUUCCCGCCGUAAUGUGUAGCUAGCGUCACGGCAAUCACCUCAAGAUGACCACUAUCAACGACACCAGCAAACCGGUCGUGGUACCCGUAGUGCCCGCCCCAGAGCUUGCCAAGGCAACAAUUCCCGGCUUAGACGUCACAGUAGGGCACGCCCUCACCUCAGAAGCCGCCGCCAUCGCGAAGAUAGGCGCAGACACAUUCGCCGCCACAUUCGGGUUCUCGGUGUCUGAAGAAGACCUGGCCAUGUUCCUAACCGAGACGUACACCGAAAUCACCGUGUUGGCGGAUCUGCAAGAUCCCGCCGUGCAGACGUGGGCAGCCCGGGACACGUCUGGCAAGGUGCUGGGGUUGGUACAGCUCGUCCGGGGCCUGUCGGAGCCCUGCGUCCCGGGAGACACCGCCACACACGCCGAGCUCCGGCGGUUGUAUGUCGACACCACCGCGCACAGCCGGGGCAUCGGCAAAAAGCUCAUCGCUGCCGUUGAGGAGCAGGCUCGCGCCGAGGGUUUCAAGCAAUUGUGGCUCACCGUCUGGGAGAACAAUCCCAAAGCAGCGAAACUGUAUGAGAGGCUGGGUUAUCAGAAAGUGGGAGAAGCCGACUUUACCACUGGCACGUGCGUCCAGACCGACUGGGUUCUCUCGAAGAGCUUAUGAAAGAGAUUACGUGUAUUCUCUGUGAUUUUAUGAACCUGGUAACGAAAGCGUUGUUAUAAUCAGAGAAGAGUGCAGGGAGGCAUUGAAGGAGUCUUGGAGCAAGCGGUCUUGGUGGGGAAAAUGUUUGACAAUAGUUUGGAGUUCAUUGGCGUUUAACUGAUACAGGUAGACAGGCGGUAGACAGAAACUGGUGAUGGGAUAACCACUACACAAGGGCUAGGAGCCGAUUUUGGAAUAGAAGCUAUCCGCCAUAUCAUAAUCCCUUAUAGCUAACCAAGUUCAUGUGAUCAAUUCAGGUCCCUCCCCGCAUGAACCCCU